AUGGCAGCAAUAGAUAUGUUUCUCCAAUCAAUCAGCCCAGUAUCAGUUUUAGGAGCUGUAGUGUUUCUGCUGAUUGGGUAUCACUGCUUUCUCUUCAUGUUUAACCAAAAUGAAAACAGACGGGGACCGCCGGGACCAAAGCCCUUUCCCAUAGUUGGCAAUCUGCUGCAGCUGGGUGUUAGGAGACGUGACCAAGCAUUCAUGAAGCUUUCUAAGAAGUACGGACCUGUGUUCACUGUCUACAUGGGAUCAAGGAAAAUGGUGGUGUUGACGGGUUACAAAACAAUCAAGGAAGCAUUUGUAGGUUAUGCAGAUGAGUUUGGAGAACGGGAAGCACCCAGAAUGACUAAAGAAGUAAACCAACAACACGGUAUUGCAUGGGCCAAUGGUGACUCUUGGAAAGAAAUGCGUCGCUUUGCUUUGACAAAACUUAAGGACUUUGGGAUGGGAAAAAAAGUCUGUGAGGAGAAAAUCGUCGAGGAAUGUCAGCUCCUCAUGCAGGAGUUUAAAAAGUUUAAAGGUGAAGCCUUUGAUAUGACACAACAUAUAAGCUAUGCUGUCUGUAACAUAAUCUGCUCCAUGGUUUAUGGAAAAAGAUUUGAAUACGAUGAUGUAGACUUCAAAACAAUUGUUAAUCGAACAAACAGAUUAAUUCAGAUGAUUGGCUCACCAGCAAUACAGCUGUCUAACAUCUUCCCAAUUUUUGGCAAACUGAUAUUCUCUGCCAGAAGGAAAUUAGGCAAUAUAUUUCUUGCCAAUAAGCAACAUCAUCUGAUGCUCCUAAACCAUUUAAGACAGACCCUCAGUCCAAAGGUGUGCAGAGGAGUUGUAGAUGCCUUCCUCAUCCGUCAACAGCAACAUCAGGAAUCUGGGAUCACUGACAGCCAUUACCAUAAUGACAACCUCCUUGUGACAGUCAUGAAUCUGUUUGCAGCUGGAACUGAAACAACAGCUACAACACUGAGAUGGGCCCUCCUGUUUAUGGCCAAAUAUCCAAAAAUACAAGACCAAGUCCAGGAGGAGCUGAGGAACGUGAUUGGAAGCCGGCAGGUGCAGGUUGAGGACAAACAAAAGCUGCCUUUUACAGAGGCUGUCAUCUAUGAGACACAAAGACUGGCCAACAUUGCCCCUCUGGCAAUUCCUCACAGAACAAGCAGCGAUGUCACCUUUCAAGGUUAUUUUAUUGAGAAGGGAACCCCUGUAAUUCCCGUCUUAACGUCUGUCCUGCAAGAUGAGAGUGAGUGGGAGAAGCCAAAUGUCUUUCAUCCUGGCCAUUUCCUGAACAAAGACGGGAAGUUCGUCAAGCGUGAUGCUUUCAUGCCUUUUUCAGCAGGUCGCAGGAUGUGUCCUGGAGAGGGUCUGGCCAGAAUGGAACUCUUUAUCUUCUUCGCCACUCUCCUGCAGCACUUUCGAUUUGCUCCACCCCCCGGAGUUACAGAGGAGGAAUUGGAUAUAGCGCCACUAGUUGGCGGUACUCUUAUCCCUCAACCCCAUACAUUGUGUGCCAUCCCUUUAAUGUAAGGAGGGACUCUUAUCGGAAAAAUAAGAAAUUAAUUUUAACAAAAUUGUUAAAGAAGAGCUUGAAACGUUGUCAGUAAUAAUAAAAAGUAAAAAUAACAGAUAUCGUAAAUGCAAAAAAUGUGCACUUUUUUUAAGAAUGUUAUAUUUUCUUUACCUCAUAAAGUUCAAUCAACAACCAUAUUCGCACUGAUGUUUAUCUUUUAAAAUAUAUAUUUUCUGUUAAAAGUAUUUUUUUCCUUUUUUUGUGUAUGCUACAUUUAGAUAAUAUUUUGUGCUUUUGUUUUAAUUUAAUUUCAAAGAAAUUACUAAAGUGCAGAUUGAACCAUAGUAGCACAGAUCAGAGCUAUGGUAAGACUGUUUUGCAAUAUAUGUUUUAAAAAGAGAUCACACUCAUGUAUUCGAACAUUAAUACUAUUCAUCUGGUGUGUAUAAUUUUAUUUUGCAUUGAACAUGAA